AUGGACAAAAACAAACUGUGGACUGAUAAAGUAGACUUGAGGAAGUUUCUCACCUAUGUACAAGAACAAUAUGGAUGUGAGACAUUGGAACAGUUGGGCGUGAGGGUGAAGAGUGUUGGGCUUGCCAUUUCUGUGAUAAAAAGUGCUCAAAAACACCAAAAGAAUUGGAAUACAGAGGCAAGAGGGAAGCUGAAAAAUGAACUGAUUGAACAAAUGGACAAGAAGCUACACAAAAUAAAAAAUCAGUUGCAGGAGUCCAUUCUGAAAGAUGAAAGCAAUACUACAAAGAAGAAGAGCCAGUUUGCAGACAUGGCUGCAGCAGAUGUGGUGCAGGAAGUUUUCAACCGAUGUCAAACAAUAUUCAGUGCGAACUUUGUGGAUCCAGAUUAUGUUGUGACGCCAUUCUUGAGAAUACUGUCAACAGAUGAAUUUGCAAGAAAAUUGUUCCAGUUAUGUCUAUGUACUGCUGGUGAUCUGGAAAUCCCCCAUCUAGCAGACAACAUUGACAGCCAAGCAGAAGGUCAGGCAUCAGAAAUGGAGGGAGAAAUGCAUGCUGGGCCAACUAGACCAACAGAAGCUGUACUGUUCAAGCAGCUAAGCCAGACACUGUCCUCAUAUACCAGUGCUAUGAAUCUAAGGGCAAUGGCCCACCUGGAAAAGAGACUGGCACAACACUUCGGUUUCCAGGAUUUUCACAGCAUGGGUCAUGGUAGUUUCACAGAAUUUCUGGGACAUCACAGUAAGGAGCUAGAAGAACUUGGCAUGGGCAGUGUAGGAGGUGGGCCAGGAACUGGGCACUUUACAGCCACUAAGGAUAGUGUCCUGCAGUUUAUUAGGCAGUGUGGAAAUGAUCUGCCCAGUGAUACCAUUGGUGAGAUGCUGUGUGGCCAGUUUAAAGUGAAGAAGCCCACUGACCUAGGCUGUGGCACUGUCCAGAAGCUGGUUGAAGGUGCCAGAGAUGGUGCCACACCACACAGUGUGGUGUACUAUGAGGCUGCUUCUGUGGUCAGCCAGGGGAAUAGCGGCUCUCACCACAAGACCAUCGAGGAGGCCUUGGAGUGUCUGACCAGUGCCCCUCUGCUGGCUGACCUGUCCACUUGGUCACACUGGGAGGUCAUCUUCGAGCCACAAUUUGGACCGCUGAAGACUUUCAUUGAGAAGCAUAGCAAAGACUGCGCUGGGAAUAUUGUUAAAGACAUCAGUGACUUGUACUGCGUUGAGAUGGCACCAGGCAUUCUGUUGCGUAUUACCAUGACAACCUCAGAUAAGCAAUUCAAACUGGCCCUUGAACAAGGAAACACAAGAGAUGCAGCAGGGCAUUUGGUUUCCAUUUUCCUUAGAGAUGGUGGGUUAAAAAAUGCACCUCUAGCUCUUUUGGACAAUCAUGUGACAACAGUUCUGCACUCAAUGGCAGGAAAGGGCAGCAUUGGACAAAUUCACUCUGGGUUACAAGAGGCAGAAACAGCAGAAGAUGUGCAAGCUCGGCUUACUUUAGAUUGCUUGACAAAAUUGCCUAAGAGGAUCUGUAAAGCUGUAGCCAGACAGGUAUUUUUGGAACCCCUGGGUAAGACUGUAGGCAAGGUCAAAGCCUACCAAUUGCUCCUCAAGGUGAGCCGAUGUAUAGAGGACAAGCUGUGCCUGGAAAGCUUGGGGCUGUCCCUGGGGAUCUCUGAAUGGACAGAGAGUCUGUGGGCCCAGAUGAAAAGCAGUGCCGACCCAAUGGACGAUUCUUUCACACAGGAAUUCUCUGACGAGGAAAGUGAGGAAGAAUUACCUAGUGAUGUAAAACCCAAACAGGAACAAAUGGAAGUGGUUUCAGAAACUGCAGAGAGACUCCUGUCAGAAGCAGCAGUUGACAAUCAGCAAGAGAUUUUGAUGGAAAAUACUGAAUGUGUUGACAGCAACAACACCCAUGAUGUAAGUGACGCCUCCAGUGUAGAACCAACACAAACCUUGGAGACAAAGGAUGAGGCUUGUAGUGAAAAAGAAACAAAGUGUUUCAAUGUCAUUCAGGAUAUCCGUCUGGAGAAGUUUGGAAUUGGUCUUGAAUUGGACGAGAAGGGGCAGAAGCUGGCCCAAGGACUGAAUGAAUUGGUGGGACGCAGCCUGGACAAGCUGUCUCAAGAGCUGUAUAACAAAGACACCCAUUUUGUGCUGGAAUUGAUACAGAAUGCAGAUGACAAUGACUACCCCACUGCCCAGUGGUCAGAGGCAGGGUCCAGUGAGUGUCCAGAGCUGGUCUUUGUGGUGGAGGAGGACUGCAUCACCCUGUACAACAAUGAGAAGGGGUUUUCUGAGAGGAAUAUUAGAGCCAUUUGUGAUGUUGGGCAGUCCACAAAAGGAAAGCAUAAGCAAGGAUAUAUUGGUCAAAAAGGCAUAGGCUUCAAGUCAGUGUUUAUAGUUACCAACACCCCAGAAAUUGUCUCCAACGGAUACUGUAUCCGCUUUGAUGCCAACAGUGGACCAACUGGAUAUAUCCUGCCUCACUGGGUGUCAGAGGAAGACAGAGAGAGACCUCACGAGUCAUUUUAUGUGACCUUGACAGGGGGAAAGAAGUCGAAAAAGAAGUCUAAGGUUUUAGUUGACCUUAGUGAUGAAAGGUGGACCACCAAGAUAACGCUGCCACUGAAAACGCAGACAGAGCAAGAGAAAUUGAAGAAUCGCUCCUUGACAUCCAGCUUUCACGAUGUCCACCCCUCCCUGCUCUUGUUUCUGAACAGGCUAAAGAGGCUGAUAGUAAUAAACAAGGUGAAUAAGGAAACUGAGGUGAUGCACAGACGUGAUCUAGGCAAUGGUGUGAUAGAAAUCCAAACCUCUAAGAAAACUGAGAGAUGGUUGCUUCAUAAGAAGAUGCUGCCUGUCCCAGAAGAGCUCAACCCAAGUGUGGAAAGCACAGAGCUUGCUUUAGCUUUCCCAUUGCAGACAGAUGGAAAAACAUCUCAAGGCGAGCCUCCAAAACAAGAUGUAUUUGCUUUUCUACCCCUGAGAUGCUUUGGAUUCAAAUUUGUAGUCCAGGGUGAUUUUGAAAUCCCAGCUUCCAGACAGGACAUUUUGCAGGACAGACAAUGGAACCAGUGGUUGAGAAGUCAUUUGCCAGAACUUUUUGUGGACUCACUGGACUGUUUCCAAAAACACCCCGAGUUUGACAAGAUCAGUGCAGUUGUGGCCUUCCUGAAGCAUGUCCCUGUAGAGGGGGAGCUGUAUGACUUCUUCCAGCCAGUGGCCAAACAAAUUCUGCAGCACUUACAGAAAAUGCCCUGCCUCCCUGUGAGAAAAGAGGAAGGUUCAGAGUGGAAAACACCGACAGAGAUUGUGAUGUGUAAACACAAGGGCACAGUAGAGAUUGUGACACCAGAACACCUGCUGAAAUAUCUGGGCAGAUAUUACCUGGAUCAAGCCGUGCAGAAGUCAGUAUCCUCUGUACUGUUGAAUUGA